AUGCAAGAACCGCACCAACGUAAAUAUAUUUGUCCUGGGCCAAUUUGGAUUGUCCACCCUCCCAGGUAUGUCAUUCCAGCUGAUGAGGGUCACUUUAAACUCAGUAUCACUCGAGACGGUGCGGGCUACAACACAUCAUGCCUCUUUUACGGAGCGUCUGCAACGGCUGUAGCCGCAGCCUUAGACGCUUUGGACCCUAUUGAUGACUUGGGCGGAUCGACUGUGGUAAGAGAAGGAGACGGAGCUUCGCCAGAGUACAACUACGGGUUCGUCUACCACAUCGUUGCUUCAAAUUCAAGCGAAAACCUCGUCAAUUCUGUGGACAUCGACGUUGUCGGAAGCGGGGUGCAACACGGCUGUGCGAGAUUGUCCACCUUAGGAUAUUGGGAAGACGAACUGAAUUGGGACACCGGCGUGGUACCGUCAUCGACGGACGAGGUGACCAUUCCCACGGACGCCGGUUUCGUGGUCCUCACCGCCGACACAGCCAUCGACACCCUCAGAGUCAAUGGAGGGGCCCUGGUAACCCACGACAGCACCUGCUUACCGGGGUGGACCCCCGCACCAGGCGGUACCUCUUCCUCCUUCGGCAGCAAGAAAUGCUACCGCUUCUUCGACCACGCUUCCUCGUGGGCGGCAGCGCAGAGCGCCUGCGCGAGCGCGGUAUCGCAGCUUCAGCCCGGACCCGCUCGGGGUGGUUCUCUUCGUGGAGCCCUCGUAACGGUGCAGGGGCUAGAGGAAAAUAACUGGGUCGCAAGGAUGUGCAGAGGGGAUUCUCUAGAGCGCGACUGUUGGGUGGGCAUGACCAGGAGCUAUCGUGGGGCGGGGAGGAUUGAAACGGGGGAUGACCUAGAGUGGGCAGAACUCGAGAAUGUCGCGGGUGAGUCGCGGUACCGUUCGUGGGCCACGCGGGAACCUUCUGACUUCGAGAAUGACGAGGCGGGAGAGCACUGCGUAGCAACCCAGGGCUCGAGGAAGCGAGCUGCGGACCAGGGCGAAGCGCGUUGGUACGACGAUGAAUGCGAAGCAGAGAAGCCCUUCGUCUGCCAAGCAUUCGGAAUCAGCACCCCCUUCUCGCUCUCGGUGUCGACCGAGCUCGAGAUGGCCGGCGGGUACAUCGUCGGCGCCGGAACGGUGACCAGCUCAACUCUUGCACAGGUAUCAGGGGACAACGGCGAGGUCGGGAUUCUUAACGGUGCGACCGUCCUAAAUUCCGGUUCGAUGGACUGGUCGGCAGCGGAGGCUUGCGGAUGGGGUGGGUCCUUGCACAACACGGGCACGUUGACGUUCAGUGGCACCAUUUUGCUGGAAGCGGCCGAAGAUGGAGAGGGGUUUCUGGCGGACAAUGCGGGAGCGUGGCCAGCAGUAGUCAAUGAGGAGGGCGGGGAGGUGGUGUUUGAGGCUGGUUCGGAGGUAGAUCUGGAGUGGCUGCUCUGGAACGAAGGCGGGAGCGUGGUGGUGGAAGGAGAGCUAGAUUCCACGGGGGGUGGGUACAGUUCGAGCGGGACGUGGACGGUGGAGGUGGGGGGAGAAGCUAGGUUCUCGGACAGCUCGCUCAUCAUGCAUCAAUCUGAGGUUGUCGUGGUAACGCUGCAAGCGGACAGGGAGGUUACGGGGCAAGACGUCGAAACCUUCGCCGGGAGGGCAGGCUACUACCGACUAGCGUUCGGGGGCGAGGAGACUAGCUGCAUCGGGUACCACGCCUCAGAAGAGACCGUCGAGGAGGCUCUGGAAGAAAUGUCUUCGAUCGACGAGGAGGGUGGUGUCACCGUACGGAGGGACGGGGACGGAAAGCUAGAGCGAUGGCAGUACGGCUACAGGUACGUGGUUACGUUUGACGGUACCCGAGCUCUCUCCGGGGGAAGCAACACCCUCGCCCUUUCCUGCGCCGGAAGCGCCGACGAUUGCGGCUGCGUCGACAUCUCGGGAGGCAUCGAGGGGACCGGCGGCAGCCGCGUCGGAUGCGGCGCCGCGAUAUUCGACAGCAGCGACGACCGUGCCUCUACGAGCGCCGAGUUCGACAGCUCCACGUGCCGGGUGCAGGGGACGGUGGAGCUCGAGACGCUGAAAGAGGGGGGCGAGACGGUUGUUUCCGGGGGCGGGGUGCUCGCGUUUGCCAACGGCGGGCAGUACUUCUUGCCCUCGGCGGUGACGGCGGAUGUUGAGGUGAUGUCCGGGGCGGAGGUGGUGUGUCCCCAUUCGGCGGCGGAGCUUGUCGGAGCGGUGAAUGUCAGCUCCGGCGGUGUGCUCUGGUUUGCAGGAGCCGGCUGGGAAGCCCUCGACGCCGUCAGCCUCCUCCACUCCGACCCUGACACCCCGGGGCGGUCGGGAUCCGCGGUAGCGUCGCCGCCGGGAUUCAACGCCACCAUCGACGGCGACGUCAACGUCCAAGGCGACGCGGAGGUCCGCCUGGCGGCGGCGACGCCGGCGGCAACGGUGGUGGUUCUCGGGUCGCUUACGCUAGCCGGCGGCGGUCUGUCUGGCAGGGGUCGCAUCUCCGUGGAGGGCUCCACUCUCGUCGUGGCAUCUGCUGGUGACGAAGAGGACGAUGCGUCGUCUCUCAGGAACGGGCUGACGCUUGACAUGUACGGAGGCGGGGAGUGGAGCGGGGGAGGGUUGAAGGCGAGGGAUGGUGUAACGGUGGUGAAUCGAGGCCUGUUGGAGGCCUCGGCCGCAGGCGGGAUCUGGUUCGGGAAGGGUGGGGACUUCGGUGCACGAGCACCCCUCGACUUCGACGGCGAACAAUGGUACGAGAACCCUUUGUGUGGUGAUGGCUGCACGGUGGAGCCCUCGUGCGAGAAUCGGGAUGGGGGAGAGAUCCUGGGCGUGGAAGGUAGCAAUGUUGUCCUUGGUUUCGUCCUGCAUAAUGAGGGCACCGUGCGAGUGGAGGACCACGGCCGCCUGGAAUGGUGCGGCGAGGGGCAAGGAGGAGGGAACGGCACCGUGGACUUGCCGGGCAUGAACAGCACCCUCGUCUUCAGUGCCGGUGGCUUCGUCUUCGGCGGGAGUUCGAGCGUGGCCGGCGAAGGCGUCCUGGAGUUCUCGGCGGGCACGGGGCAUGAGUUGCCGAAGGGGGGGCAGGAAGUUUCCCCACUGGUGAAAGUGUCUGGUCACGGCGUGGUAACAUUCGCCGGGACUUAUCUGCUGCUGGGGAGGGGUGUCACUGUUGCGGACAAGGGCGUCCUCGUGUUUUCAUCCGUCACUUCGUCCACACUCAUCUCCGGAGAAGCGACAUUGAUGGAUGACGGUUUAAUCAUAUUUCCACUUCCGAGCGUCCUCGCGUCUCUGGUAGAUGCCGGGGGGGGCAGCGUGGACGCGGAAGCCCCGUGGGGUUCAGGGGAGGGGGACCAGGAUGGGGGGGCAGGGUGGGGAGCGGCGUCUCGAAGCAGCGUCACGGUGGAAGGGACCUUUGUUUGGAUGGGCGGUGCCAUAUCUGGCAACGCGAGGGUUGUCUGCGCCGGGGGAUCGGAGUGGACCGAUGGAAACGGCGGCGGCGGUUCCUCCGCCUUCCAAGCAACAACCAAGCACAUCCUCAACUCUUUGCACCUCGUGAGCCGCGGCGACGUGGUUUGGUCUACCGGUGACGUCAUCGUCUCCACCGGGGCCGCGUUCGUGAACCAAGGGACCCUCCUUCUCCUCGAAGAAACCGAGGAUGACGAUGGGGACGACCUUCCGUCCAGAAUACGUGCGUCUCAAAAGGGAGAGCGACCCGGUUGGAGGGAUGGGUUUUCUUCUGGCACGUUGGAGGCAAUGUUGGAUGGUGGUGGUAGCGCGGACGCCGUUGCGACAGGAGGAGCAGGGUCGGCCGGGGGGGGAGCGGCCAAUUGGGCCUGGGAAGAACUUAGCUACUAUGAUGCUUCUUCGUUUUAA